AUGAGCAGAGCAAGUUCGUCAGCCAGCGAUACGUCAACAUAUGGCUCCGAGUCAUCAUACAACUCAAGUUAUUCCGACGAAUCUGACAAGUAUGAAUCGUCAGACACAUCUACAAAUGAUUCAUGUGGCCGUCGUGCCAACAUCCUUCUUUUGGGAGAAACCGGGGUCGGGAAGUCCACCUUCGUCAACGGAUUCAUUAACUAUUUGCGCUUCGAUAAAAUGCCAGAGAGCCCAGAAGAUACAAAGAGAACUAUAUGGGCGGUGCCAAUGAGUUUCAGUUUAAUAGAUAAUAACUAUAAGCAAGUGUCUGUGUCGGUCGGACCUUCUGACAAGAAUGAGGACGUGGAAAGCGUGGGCGCUUCUGUGACCCAAGACCCAAAAGUGCACGUUUUUGAAGCUCAUGAAACCGAGAUACAUUUGAUUGACACGCCAGGAAUUGGAGAUACGAGGGGCUAUGACUAUGAUAAGGCGAACUUCAACAAGAUCAUUAAUUUCGUCAAGGACUACGAGCUCCACGGGAUCUGCAUGCUCCUGAAGCCGAACAAUGCUCGCCUCAACGUGUUCUUCAAGUUCUGUGUCGAGGAGCUCUUGGUCCAUCUACCAGCUAACGCAGUGAAGAACAUCAUCUUUUGCUUCACAAACGCGCGUUCCACCUUCUACAAGCCUGGAGACACAUACACACCUCUUAAGAAGCUUCUAGAGGACAGAAGCAUCAAGAUAGCCCUUGCCGAAAAGACAAUGUAUUGCUUUGAUAAUGAGGCUAUACGUUUUCUUGCAGCUCGUGCAAAUGGUGUCACAUUUUCUCCCGAAGACACAAAUAGCUUCUGUGAAAGCUGGAAGAGGGCAUCCGAUGAGCUCAAGCGCGCGAUAAACCAUCUGAAAAUAAUCAAACCGCAGAGUGGAAAGGCAAUCAGCCAGCUGGAGGACGUGCGCAGGACAAUCACAGGCCUCUCCAUUCCCAUGGCAGACAUUACGCGCAUCAUCCAGGAGAAUAUUGACCUUCAGAAGGGCCAUGAGAAGGAACUUAAGAGCCUAUCGGGAGAGGAGGACGACCUUAAGGACAGAUUGAAAAUGGAAGUCAUCCGAUACGACGUUAUAGAAUUCAAUCAGCCCCGUACGGUCUGCACAACUUGUGCAAAACAGGUCACGGUUAACGGUGUAACGUGUAUAGAAUUUGAUACUGCUUGCCACGAUCCAUGCUAUUUAACGACUGUCACCGCCAUGCAAAUGGGUCACCCAGAGCUACGAGGUUGCUGGGCUAUGAAUGGAGACAUGUGUCAUAUUUGUGGUCACUCCUAUAUGGAGCACAUGCACACGAUGCAUAAAGCGAGUCCCAAGAAGGUCACUGAAGACGAUCCCCAAGUACUGGAGCGCCUCAAGAGCACCAGUGACAGACAGGCGGUAAUACAAGAGGAGAUCCGCAAGGCGAAGGACAAGAUUAAACACUACAAGAAGGAGUACCGCCGUAUCAUAGAAAUAAGUGCUCGAUUCGCGCAGUUCAUCAAGAAGAACGCGAUCCUGGACUUCAACUCCUCUCUCGGCGAUUAUCUCAAGACUCAGAUCAAAAAGCUCGAAGACGCAUCUGACCUCUCCGACAUUGACAAGAAGCGCCUCAACGGGUUCAGAGAAUCACUGAAGCGCUACGAGGAGGAGGUGAAGAUCUUCCAGGAGGCCAUUUCACGUGGGAAGGUAACCGUUCCAACAAACAAUGAGAUAAGCGAGCUCAUCGAUGAACUCAAAAACCUUCCACUGACAGGCGAAAGUUUCAAGAUAAGCCUCCAGGCAAACGAAAGGAUGCUCAAGCACUACGCUGAGCACCUGGGCAAAGCCAAACCGGCAACCAGCUCUAAGAAAAAGCGCAGCAGGUGA